GUAAAGCUGUCACAUGAUUGCUGAGGUCGCUGUGCUCCGCGGCUCCACGCAGCAGAAGGCAGCAGCAGCAGCAGCUCCAUGUAAACACGCCGCGCACAGGGCUUUGUUUCACACACACACACACUCCGCUGGUGGCUCCCCUCUAGUCAUGCCAUGGAUAUUUUGUGGCAAUACCAGUUCCGAAUCAUUCUACUCGGGGAUUCCACGGUGGGGAAGUCGUCGCUGCUGAAGCGCUUCACGGACGGAAUUUACAGCGAUGUGGCGGAUCCGACGGUCGGGGUAGAUUUCUAUGCCCGCUCGCUUGAUAUCGAGCCCGGUGUGAAAAUAAAGCUCCAGCUCUGGGACACGGCCGGACAGGAGCGAUUCAGGUCCAUCACAACAUCAUAUUACCGCAACUCAGUUGGGGGACUCUUAGUCUUUGAUCUCACCAACCGAAAGACCUUCGACCAUGUGAGAGAAUGGCACAAGGAGGUGAGUGAACACAUCCUUCCCCACCAUAUGGUCUACAUCCUCAUCGGCCACAAGAGUGACCUCAACAAGGACCGUAAGGUGAGCCGGGAUGAGGCAGAGCAGCUUGCUGCCGAGUUGGGCAUCCGCUAUGUGGAGACGUCGGCCAAGUGCAACAGCAACGUGGACCGGGCCUUUGAGCUUCUGACCAGAGACAUCUACGAGCUGAUGAAGAUGGGGGAGAUUGUCACCCGUGACGGCUGGGAUGGCGUGAAGAGCGGCCUCACUGCCAAGGUCCUCUACCCAGCCAAUGAAGAAGAGGAACGAGCUGCCGCAUCUGCUGAAAAGGGCUGCCACUGCUGACUGAGAACUCUGUGUCCAAACACUGUCCCGUCACACCAAGAGCUCACCUCGUCUCACAGCUGUCCAUCUAAACCAAGUCAUUCUGCCUCAGCACCCUGUGAUAUCACCAUCCAUCACUUCCUCACCUUGUGCUCCGUGCCCUCUCUGUGUGGAUUCUUCUGAGAAGUGAGAUUGUUUUCAAACAGGGAGUUUGUGUACAUCCUGAUGUGUAUCUUAUAGGAAAGUUGUAUCUUUAAAUCCAUGUGGUGUAGCAUGACCUGAGCUGACUUGGGCUGUGCUAGGUUCAAAAAACACAAAAAAGGGGCUUAAAGUGUAGCCAGUAUUCCCUUUCACAGUACUAGAGCUAAUGGACUACCGAUUAUAAGAAAAAAACAAAUGGACUAUUACUGUGGUCUGGUGUCACCUCCAUUUCAUACGGCACUAUUGUGGGUGUCUACCUGUCAAAGUUUGUGCGAUGCUUUGCCUGCAAUCUUUUGUGACUGUAAUAUUGUAAAUAAUAGUGAAAUCUAUAGAGAUGAGAGCAAAAAGGUCACUGAAAGCUAUUUAAUUAACAGUGUGAACAGACACAGUGCACUCUGCAUUAAGUGUCACCAUAUUAAAUCAAUGUGCUCCUCCUGCUACUGUAAGCUGCGUUCGCACUUAUGCCAAACUGACUUAAACCUUUGGUCACUCUGUGAAUAGAUGAGUAAUGUUUUUGUAAAAAGAUAGAGAUUAUUUGUAGUUAAGGUGUAUACAUAACGAAUAGAUCAUUUUAAUUAAGGUAGGCGGCUCCAGUUAGGUAUUAGCUGUAUAGAAUCAACAGCAGCAAGAAGUGUAUCACAGGUUCAACAAACAUCUGUUUAUUAUGUUCAAAACUCAGUUCUCAAAAAUGACAUAACAUGCAGGUUUGACUUCCUGAUGAAUCCAAGGGUAUAGAAGGAUGUGUUUCUUACAUUAGGCUGUGAUCUAGAGGUAUCAAAGAGUAGAAAUGUUGGGUUUAAGUCUAGAAGAAGUCUGGAUUUAUCAAGCCUGAAGAUGCCACUCCAACGUGAUACCAUAUACUGCAAAGGCUAAUUACUUGAACUUGGUUAUGAUAGGCCUCUAAAACAGCUUCAGUUUAGUUGUGUGGUGGAUGAGCAGUCAAGCAUGCAUGUGAGUAAGAAAUGAGACUCGGGUUUACCUCUCUCACUCACAUUUCCUGUCUCACACACACACACACACACACACACACACAUAUAUAUAUAUAUAUAUAUAUAUAUAUACAUGUCGCAGGCCAAAUUAGAAUCCAGGCAGAUUUUAAAUCCGCCUAGGCGGAAUUAGGAUUUUGAUUUCGCCUAGGCGAAAUCAAAAUCCUACCAUGGUUGUUGUAUGGAUUUAAAUCUUGAUAUAUCAAUAGCCUGUAUAUUAGAAAGAAUAACCCUAACCCUAACCCUCUAACAGGAUUUUGGUAUAGAGCAUAUGGAAAAAAAAAAAAAAAACAACAAGAAACUACUUUGACAACAUAAUUUUUUCCCUGUUUAUUUUGCCAAGUGUUUAGGACAAAAGUUGACAUUACUUCAAAAGUAAUUAUUUACCUUCUAUCUAAAACCAAAUUUCAAGGUACAUAAUUUUAGGGAAAACAAAUAAUUACAUUAACAGAGCAUAUCAUAUUUAAAACCCUCCAAAUUUCAAUCUAGCCUAGGCAAAAUCAAAAUUCUAAUUCCGCCUAGGCGGAUUUAAAAUCUGCCUGGAUUCUAAUUUGGCCUUUAACAUAUAUAUUUAACAUAUAUAUAUAUAUAUAUAUAUAUAUAUAUAUAUUGCCAUACAAUAAAUACUGGCUAAACUCUUAGGGCCCUAAAAAUAUAGUUCAACAUUUUUGGGAAUUAAGCAAAAUUAUAAUUUUUUUGCUAUUUCAGAUGACAAAUUUGUUACCUGUCUCUUCUAAGUAGAGAGCUACAGCCAGGAUGCAAUUAGGCUAGCUUAGCAUAAAGACAGAAUGCAUGGGUAAACAGCUCGCCUGCUGUCACUGUAGUUUAAAGAUACCCUAAACAGACGACUGAAUUUUAUUAUAUGUUUAAAAGCUGAGAGGUGUUUUUACAAAUGAAGUAGUUAACGCACAUCACUAUUUGGGUACAAAUCAAACACCGAGGAUUCAUUGUGUUAUGUAGUGUUUUUAGGUGUGUUCUUCCACUUUGUAAAGAGCCAGGCUAGCUGUUUCCCCUGUUUGCAGUAUUCAUGCUAAGCUGUUUGAGUCAUCUUCUUGUUUGAGACAUGGCCCUAGGAUCCAUGGUCUCGGCUAAUUCUCAAAGAGGAAGCUAAUAAUUGUUUUUGUCAGAACUUGGAGCUAUUCAUGGAAAUCUGGCAGAGGUUAUUGUCUGUAUGAAUAAAAAUUUGUAUCCACCCAAAUCUCAAGUAAAACUACAUUUCAGCUACCUAAUGUCAACAUAGCAUUGAUGUGAUUUUAGUUCCUACAUGGGUAAGAAUAUUUUGGAUUUUACUGACUUGUGAAGCUUUUCAUACCAACUGUUACAGAACCCAAGUUGUCAGCUUGCUGUUGUGAGCUGCAUUUCUAAUGACUGCGCAUCUACCCACAUGACUUCAACACGGCAGUAGGCUAACUGCCUUUAACACAGAGGAUCAUGAGUUCUGCAAAUUCUUCAAAUGCUUUAUAUUCCAGAGCCAAACAAUCUGCUGUUUACAUACCAGGAGUGUACAAUACACUAGAAUACACUUGUCAGGUAACUUUCCUCCUAUCACUCAUUUCACCAGCAUUUCACAAGAAAGCCUCUCUGCACUCUCACUUUGAACAUCAAGAGAUUAUGCAUUUUGCAGUUUCGCUUCAUUCAUUCAUGUAACCAGUUUGACUUUUUUUUCUUCAGUUGUAUGGGUUAUCUAGUAAAUAUGCUGUAAAUUAUGUGGUAGCAGUUUAAUAAUUGCACCAUCCCUUUAUCUUUACUUUGCUGCACAAACUGGGCUCUUCCUGGAAAACUACCACUGAUUAUAGAUAGUUUAAACAGUAUAUUACAGACAUCUAUGUUUUUGGUUAGUUUGACAAUCAGAUAUUAGCGUUUCAUGUUGUCGGUGCAGAUGAGGUCCUUAUCAUGGGGGUGCUACAUCUUGAAAUCAUGCUAAAUGUCCAUUGAAAAUACCAUUUGACAACCAGUCUGACUGUCUGUACAACUACUUUUCUUACUUUUGCCUCCAGUCUAAACAGGGUCAAGUUGUAUGAUAUUGUAUGCUAAUACACUGCUGUUGGCAAACUGUUCUCCAAUAAGCAUGGCUUCCAUUUCUGAGCACUGCACUUGAAUAUGGCAGGUUGAUUUAAUUGAGAGGGCAAUACUGACAAGAUAAGCAGAAGAAGUGUCAUUUUGAAAGACUGACUUCAUGGGAACAAAGACACAUUAUUAGAAGCCGCUAUAUCUAUUAAUGACAAAUAGCUAAAUGUAUCUAUUUAAGGAUGGAAAAAAAAAAAAAAUUCAGCUGCAUUUGUAAUCUUACAGGCUGUGCCAAUAUACUAGGAGUGGCCAUCCUGAGUAAUGAUUAAAAUAGUGACCAUAACCAAUGUUCUUUCCAAAUCUAGCCUCUCUCUUACUGUGUUCUUCAAAGAGAAACUAAGCAUUUGUGGAAAUAUGCUUGGUUGCUUUCUUUUCCAAUGUGAGAUGAAAAGAUUGAUUCCACUCUUGUAUGUUAUGUGCAGAACUGGAGGCUGGAGAUAAGCAGGCUAGCUGAGCAACAGCCGGUUCUGUGUAUUUAUACACAAAUGCUUGCCUACAGAGGUUGUUCCAGGAGUUAAGAGCAAAAGGGAGAUAUGAGUACAUUGAAAAUAUGUUGGUAUCUAGUUCUGCACUUAACACAUAAACAUGCACUGAUGUCAUUCAUCUCACUUUCAUUUUCAAAAAAGUAGAUGAACACAUUUUAAGAAAUAGUGUAUCAUGUUGUUAAAUAUGUGUUAGGUCAUCCAGUGGAUUGAUCAGAUCAAACCACUGAUUAGGUACCAGAAAACAUCAGCGACUGUUUGGCCUCCAGGACUGUACCUAGUGCAAAACAGUAUCGCCUCGAAUCUCCAUGGUCCCUUUUCACAGCAUUGUUGAAUAAAUGUUAUUUAUUUUAUAUAUUAUGUAUAAAGAAUUUGCCUAUUAUUUGAUGUGAUUUUACUGAUUGGUUAAAAAAUAAAUGAAUAAAUAAAUAAAUAAAUAGAUGUCCAAUGA